AUGUCUGCCAACAUUGCUCCCCUGUUGCGAAACUAUGAUUCCUCCGAUGUUCUACAAUACUUGAUCCUGCUUGACUGGCAAUUGUCGGCAAAAUCCGCCAAUUUGGCCGACAUAAACUAUCUUGCAGCAUACGACGAACUCGUACCGAUCCUCAACGUCUUUUGUAGACCAGCUGGUGGUGAAAAACUGGCUGGCACCGAUUCAGAAGCUAGCGGAGUACACGCUCUGGACUACUCGCCCAACGUCGCCAAGAUGCUCGCGAAAAAUCUCACCUCGGUGCUAAAAGAGCUUCCAAGCAAGGUGUACGACCUAGCAAAUCAAUUGAUCGGGUUUGUUGCAGUUGACGAAGACGGGAGCCUUUCUGUUUCUGGAAAGGUCGCAUGCUUGGUUCUUUCUGACAUCGUAGAACACUAUCCGCUCCAGGUGACCUCGUUGAUCGAAUACACCACCAAUCAGAUAUACAAGAUUCUCAAGAAGGAUCCCGCGGUUGACCCUCUCGUAGUACAUUUGGCAAGUGUCUUGUUGGGCAUUGCGCUGAAGUCCGAUAUUAGCGACAAGUUGCAAAGCAAACUCGACAAGAUCAUUCUGAAAGCCAUACUCACGUCAAGGAUCUGCGACAGUACCAACAACAAUGAAUCAACAUCGCAAACAGACAUGAACGAUUCACUGACAACUGUCACUCUUGUGACCUAUUACACCCAUUGUUUGCGUAACCUCCUCAUCCUCCAGACAACUUCUAACUAUGAGCAACUACUUCAGUUCUCUGCCUCUGCUACAUCGGGCUCGAAAAUGAAGCCUGAAGCGCUCAUGGCUCAGCAACAUCAAUUCCAACAGAAUAUUCUCACGAGCCACGAGAAGGUGUUCCACUUCGGUUUUGAAUCUCAGUUUGUGGAAGUUCGAGCUGCCAUGGUCGACUUGGUAGCAAACUUGGUCUUGAAUUUCGUCGAUACCGAUAGUUUUGAUGCAUACGAGUACCUCAUCGGCUUGUACCCACUUCCGCUGCUCAACUUGUGGGAUCCCUCAUUGUCCAUCAGAUUGAACAGUUUUUCGGAGCCCAUCAUUGACGUUAAGCGCGAGAGCAACACGAUUUCGAAUCAUGACAGUGAGAGUUUAAUCAAGUCUGGCUCUAAUCUAUUACUCAAUCAAGUUGGUUGCAUAGAGACACUCCUAUUUUAUAUACAACUCGAAGAACUACAAUCUCUGGUCGAAAGGCCACUGAAGUUGAUGCAUUUAUUGGAUAGCAUAUUGAAGAAAUUUGGAGAGAUGGACCACCCUUCUCAUGUCCAAAACCAACCAUGGUCUCGUUCCUUAUGUCAUUUUUCUGUCGUCCUUCGACACGUUAUUUCUGAACUCGGUUCCACCGCGCAUGAGGUUUUGGCGCAGUACAUCGUCGAAAAGUUCUCUCAAUCGUCCGCGGAUAGCAACGAGUCCCGAGCCUCGAGCAAAAGCAAACGCGAAUCUACUAUCUUUGGUUUUGGCGGUAAGAGAAACAAAGCAAAGGGUGCGACCUCGACCAAGAUAAAUCUCAAGUCCAAUCCAUACCAAUUGAAGCUUGUUUUGGACAUAAUUAUACUUUUGUCACAGUGCGGAAUUGAUUCUGCGGCUUUCGCUGAGAAAAUAAGCCCCCUGACAGAUUCCACAGACACCACUGAUGUCACUUUGACAGAGGAAGAAGAGAACUCUCUUACUUCAAACAAAUCCUGCUACAUCAGCAAACUUUUAAUUUCACUUCUUUCAAACGAAUCGUCGGCUAUUCGUAACUACAGCAUGGAUGCUUUGAAGCGCUUCGCUGAUAUCAAUAAGAACCUGAGUAAUCAGCUUAUUUUAGAUUUGUAUCAAAUGGUCAGUUAUGAGUUCAAUCAACCAGGAACUGAUGACAAAAAUCGCCGCGCUGUUACUUUAUUCUCGCAUGCAUUGGCAUUGCUGGCUCUUAUAAAGCAGUCAGAAAUAACUCUACUUCAAAAUUCGACAAUCGCAAAAGUACUCAGUUUUUGCACCCAGAAUUUGAAGAGUACUAAUGGGCUGAAAUCCCUCAAGUCUGGGGCUUGUUGGAUUAUCUUGACUUCCUUGGUGACUUUGUACCGAGAUUCUGAGUUUGUCAAAGUAAACUCCUCGCAGUUUUUGGUCUUCUGGAAAAAUUUGUUGACUUCGCAACUUGUUACAUCCGGACUCAAUAGUAGUACAGAAGCAGGGGGUAUGCCUGAUAUCUUGUGCAACCUCAAGCUUCGUACUCUAAGCCUUGCUUGUCUUCUUAAUUACAUCCUGGCACUGGAUCAUUCACCGGAAUUGUCCCGCCAAUUGCAAUUCUUUUUGGUGAAGUCUCACAAGUAUCUUUUGUCUUUGGAAAGCAGCAUUGAAAGUGUUGGUGCGAUUACAAGCCUCAAUUCUCAAGCCUUCAAUGAUUGCGACUUCAAUGUUGAUGUUACCGGCAACUUUUUGUUUUCCAAUGAAAUUGACACAAAUGUAUACCCAGAACAAAAUCAACUCAUUAGCUUGAUUUUGUACAACAAAAAGCUUAUUCUCCAGGGUUUCAUAAAGCUUGCACAAUCACUCAAAAGUGAUGUAAACUCCAGUCUUGUGGUGUUUCUUCUCAAAGUGUUUUCAGACACCAAAGCCUUCUCCCGCCAAUUAUCUCCUGAAGCUGGCAAAGACAAGUCGAAGAAUACAAAAAAACAACAGACCGAGAGUGUUGCUCUUGCCGAUCACAAUAUUAUUCUCCUAGAAGAGGAAUGCAACUACAACUUUGGUGUAACAAGCAGAUUUCAGAUGGGAAGCGCAGUUGUGGAUGAUUUAUGCUCUUUAGAUGAUAAGUACUUGCGUGAUCAAAGCCAUGUACUUUCCUUAAACGGAUCUUCGCGUCAACAGAUCAGGGAGCCUUCUUCACCUAUGUUGUCUACACUAAAUACCGACAAUGUGUUCAGUGACGGCACUAAUACUUCUUGGUUAUUCCUCUUGGAAAGUCAGAUUCUUUCAUCAUCAUUUGCCUCCAUCAACCACGAACCGUUAUCUACUAUAUUAGGUAGGUAUUCUGUGAGGCACGAGUACUCGCCUAGCCUCAUUACAUCAUUGGUUGAUUUGUCAAGUGAGCUACUUAGCUUGGUUUUCCCCUCCUUGAGUUACAAAAUUCAGUUCUCGUUACUUGAACAGCUCAAGGCUGCAGUGAGUACCAAAACAAUCGACCCACUCAGAAUGCAAGCCAUUCAAAUCAAUAUCGCCGUGACUCUCAACAUGCUUUUCAAACACCUUCAUAGGUCUGGUUAUCAAAUGGAUGAAGGUCUUGUCUUGCUUUCUCUAGAGAUCAUAGAUGACAUCACUUCCGAGAAUCAACAUGUUACAGUCCUUUUAGCGGAGGCUAUCGGAUUUGCAUCCACACAGCUAUCUAAGGCUAAGACAGAGGAGUUGGUGGCUCUGAAGAUCGCAAAAAUUGUCAAUACUGUCAAUCCUCAGCUUAGAGGCAUGCAUCUUCUCUCUGUUUGCAAAAUAUAUCAGCAGACACAUGUCUCAUUUGCGGAAAUUUUCAGUGUUACUUCUCAGUUACUCAGAGACUCACAUCCUGUUAUGGCGUAUUACGGUUUGAAGGCGGCAAAUGCGCUAUUAGAAGACGCAACUGGAAAGCAAGGCCUCAUGAAAGAUACCAUCUUGGUGCUUCAUUCUAAUUUCUUGAUGGGCAUGUACGGGGUCUGUCAAACCGACUUUCAACUAGCCAAUCUUAGAUCUACGCACAAAUUGAGCAUUGAAUUUGCAAAGUUGAUGAAAACCUUAAUUACAACUUUGGGACCAAGCAUAAAAGACUUUGAUGCUGAUUUGAAAUCCAAGAUUUUUCACAUCGUUUACUGCUAUGGUCUUGGCUUAGAUAGUAUUGACCAGGUGGAAUGCGUGGCAACACUUACGGAAAUUAGUGCUCUCCUCCAAGAACUUCUCAUUUUCGAUAGCACUUUCGUUCCAGAUUUCUCGAGUUGGUUUUGCCAAUUCAAUGAGUUCAUUAUUGUUCAUAAUAUGAAGCUGGGAAUUGGAAGAUCUCGUCCUUUGUAUCUUGAUAGCAAUGCGAUUUUCCCUUUCACCACAAGCCGGUGUCUUGGAGACAAUGCAUUCUUGAGUUUAGUUGAAAUGACAAAAGUGGGAGUUCCCACACUUGACGCUCACACGCUCAAUCUAUCGUUCAUCGCAAUGGAGUUGUGCCCCUCCAUUUACACAAAGGAAUUAUUGACUUUUUGGGUGGAUGCUCAUUCAGAGCAAAACUGGUUCGCUCGACUUAGUGGAUUGUUCAAGACUCCUUCCAGGAAGUUAGUCGGUCCAUUUUUAGAGCAAAACUACGAGCAAAAACUGUUACCAAUACUGCAAAGAGAAAAGAAAAAAGCAUCGACAAGUAACACCGUUGAUUUCAAGGAUGAAGAGUCUGAGAACAUUGUUGAAGCUGGGGUACCCGGCGAUGACAAGAAUCAGCCAAUAAAUUGGGAGUUCAAAGCACUCAUUUAUGAUCUCAUCAUAUCAAUUUUGAAAGCAGCUGAAACUGAUGUGCAGCUUUUAGAGAGCCUCAAAUCAAAAAUUCAAGACAUUAUUCGUCUUUCUUUCUUAGGAACCACUACACCUAUGCUAUCAAUUCGCAUCAGGGGUAUUCGCCUACUCGAUAGAAUCUUAAACUUGGUCGGAGAUCUUGAAGAUCCCCUUUAUCCAGAUACCUCUAUACUAGAGCAGCAACAAGCACAAAUUAUCAGCGCUUUGAUACCUUGCUUCGGCUCUGAUAGUGACCCCGAGGUAAUAGUUGAGGCAAUCACAGUCUCUUCCAAAUUCAUCAAUCUCCCAAGAGUGAAGUUUUAUUCCAAACAAAGAAUCCUUAAGACCAUGAUCUAUCUUCUCGAGGAAAUUCUGUCCGGAAAGUUCCUCAAGUUCGUAUUUUUGGAAACCAUGGCAGAGUACCCCAAAAAAGCGAUUCAAUUGGCUAUUUUGAACUGUUGGGCUGUUCUCAAAUUGCGCCUAGCAAAUAUGGAUGAGGAGCUGAGACAAGAGCUCGAGACUAUUCUAGACAAGUACUCACGAUUGUUGGUUCUGUUGUGGAUUCUCGUUCUCAAAGACUUAUCAACUAUUCGAUACAGCUCCCCAGAUGCAAGAGAGCUCGAAAUUUUCCAGAAAUACUGGCUCAAUUUUGUAGCUGUGUUGAGCCUCUCACUCGAGACAAACACUGACCUAAUCAGAGAAUUGUUGCAAGAAGAAACAGGCAAUUUCUUCUUCGUUAUGUUUUGUCAGUGUCUUGAAGCUCUCAUUCGAGGCAACGAUAUCUCAGAAGUCUUAACUUCAGUCAUACAGCUUCUCAAGAUCCCAGAGCUAACCCAAUCAUUAAUUGAUGACAAUUUGUUCGGCGAGGUAGUAGAUUUGUUGGACAGAUUGGUUCUCAUGGAAAACGACGUGAUGAUCAAAUGCAAAGUUAUCGACGUUGUUAAUGAAUUAUUUACUGCCAUCUUGGUUCUGGAAAGUAUCGAUCAGACUAAGAUGUUAGAAUUGAUGCGGGUGACAAUGCUUCCUAUUUUUGAAACGUAUCCUUUCUUGCGACAAGAUUAUAAUCCAGAAAAUGCUUCCCACCAAUUGCUACUCAAAAAGUGUGUCUCCGCAGGAAAUCUUACAUUAACGAAAAAACAGUUGACUGUUUUGGUGGAGAUGACAAGUAAGUUUCCAGCAGAUGGGCUUCCAGACUUGUUGUCUUGUAUUCUCUAUAUCUUUGCCAAGUUUUAUGAAUUUGGUAACGAAGAAUUGAUAAGUGCUGUGUUGCCUCACUUGAAGGUAAUCGUCCGGUCAUGCAAAGAGCUAGACCUUGACUUGGUGGCCCGAUUUUACAACGUCAUUGAAUCUGACUCCGCUCUCAGAAAUGAGGCGAACAAAGUCAACUACAUCGUCACAAUGAUGAUUUUGGCUACUGGAUCGGACGUCAAACUCGGAGAGGCCGAGGCAAAGACAUUCUCGGAGCGGCUAUUCGAUGGGUUGACUACUGAAGAGCUUGCAGCCACAUGCAUUCAAAGCAUAAAGUCGUUGAUUUAUGCCGCAGGUACUGGUAACGCAUCCGUUGAUAUGGUUGUGCGUCUGUUCAUGGGCCAACUUUUGAAUAGCUUACAAGACGACAGUUCUGAAGCUAAAAUCAAUGCUAAAUUGUUGUUUGAGAUUGUGUUUGUGUUUUCGCAAUGUCAGGCUUUGAGCAAAGAAGAGCAGACUACAGACCUUUUCAAAGUUCUUUUACCUCUUUUAGUUUCUGCCUACGAGAAGAAGCGGUUGUCGGUUGAAUAUCUUCAACCAAAGGUGACGGCGCUUAUGAACAGAAACCCACAAAGCUUUAAAAUGGUUGUCACUGAACAUCUUGAUGCAAGUCAACGUGACGCCAUUGAGGCAUUGGUGACAGCACAAAAACAGUCAAUUUCUGCUCCAUCAGAGACUGUCAUUGCCUUGAAAUCAUUUGGAGAUGAGGAAGAGGUCAAUUAA